UUAAACCACAUUUGAAUAAAAUAAUAUUAUUGUGAAACAAAUAAGAUUUUAUGAUUAAAUUCUACAAAUAAUAAAGAAAUUGAAGCGUAAAUCUAAAACCAACAAGCAAAAGCAGUUGUUGGCAGAGCAGUAGUAAGAUAUAAACCAGCAAUUAAAGGGCCAAAUAAGAAACGAAACUAAAUUUUAAUAAUAUUUUGGUAUUUGCAAAAGGGUAAUGUUUUAAAAUUCCAAAAUAAACCAAUGAUUGUUAAUAACAACUUUAAAAGAAAGCGACGUCGUUUUGAGAGGAGAGGAGCUGAUAAAAGUGAUAUAAUUAAACUGAAAAACUAACGCAAAUAUAAACAAAUUUAAAAGUUUUAAUUAACAGCUGUAAAAGAAAAUCAAAAUUGUUGCUUUAUUUUCAAUACAAAAUAAUUUUGAUUUAAUUUUUUCAAAAUUUCAAACUACCACAGAGAAGUAGCAACAAAUUCAAGCAAAUCGUCGUUAACUAAAUUUAAAGAACUCUUUGUUAUUGCUGCAAUUUAAAAACUCUUCUUUUUUGUUUAAUAUUACCCCUACCAAUGCCCAGGGAAUAUCGUCCUGGUGCAUAUAACCGCAAUAAAACCUCAAAUAAUACGAAUACAAACUCCUCCGGUGCCAGUAGUAGUAAUACAAACAAUAACAACAAUAACGCUACAAGCAAUUAUCGCUCUUAUACGGGUCGUUUUAGUAACGAUCCUAGCCCUUCCACAACUUCUCCUACACAUGCCUCUAAUACUAGCCGUUUACGUAAAAUUUUCAUAAAUAAAAAUUCAUCUAUUAGCUAUAAAGAUGAACAGCCCUCAACGUCGGCGGCCUUAUGGAAAUCAAAAAAUUUUAUUGAUAAACAAAAGCAACGUCCAUUAGCUAAUAUUUCCUCUACGUUCAACAAGUUAAUAGAAAUUCAACGCAAAUUUCCUUUAUGGCAAGCGGAUUAUAAAACAAAUGGUUUUAAAGCCUCUAUGGAUGAGAAAUAUGUCGAAACAAUAUGGGCCAGUUUAAAAAACGCUAUACAAGAGAUCCAAAAGAAAAACAAUUCGGGUCUAUCAUUCGAACAGCUGUAUCGCAAUGCCUACAAUAUGGUACUACACAAAUACGGUCAUCGUUUGUAUUUCGGUCUAAGAGAAGUGGUCAAAGAGCAUCUAGAGGGUAAGGUGCGCAAAGAUGUCCUCGAAAGUUUGCACAAUAAUUUUCUGCCAAAACUCAAUCAGGCCUGGACUGAUCAUCAGACAUCGAUGGUAAUGAUACGCGAUAUACUAAUGUAUAUGGAUCGUGUGUAUGUGCAAAAUCGUGAAGUAGAAAAUGUCUAUAAUUUAGGUCUAAUACUAUUUAGAGAUGAGAUUGUACGCUAUUCGGAGAUACAGAAGGCUUUGCGUGAAACGCUUUUAGGUAUGGUUAUGGAUGAGCGUAGCGGUGAAGCUAUAAAUCAUUUAGCUAUUAAAAAUGCUUGCCAAAUGUUAAUGGCAUUGGGCAUUAAUUCACGUUCAGUGUAUGAGGAUGAUUUCGAGAAGCCAUUUUUAGCCCAAUCGGCUUCUUUUUAUAAAUUUGAAUCGCAAAAGUUUUUGGCCGAAAAUAAUGCUAGUGUUUAUUUAAAGAAGGUUGAGGCACGCAUUCAAGAAGAAUCGGCCCGAGCUGCUCUCUAUUUGGACAAAGACACUGAACCGCGCAUUGUUAAGGUAGUCGAAGAUGAACUCAUUAAAAAACACAUGCGCACUAUUGUCGAAAUGGAAAAUUCAGGCGUAGUUUAUAUGAUUAAAAACUCGAAAACCGAAGAUCUGGCCUGUACCUAUAAAUUGUUUUCACGUCUCAAGGAGGAGGGUCUUAAGGUUAUUGCCGAUACUAUGUCGGCCUAUUUAAGGGAACAGGGACGUAUGUUGGUCAAAGAGGAAGAGAAUGGCACAACAAAUCCCAUAACAUUUGUACAGAAUUUACUUGAUCUUAAAGAUCGUUUCGAUCAAUUUCUACAUCAUUCAUUCAACAAUGAUCGGCUUUUUAAAAAUGUCAUCUCAUCGGAUUUUGAGCAUUUUCUUAAUUUAAAUUCAAAAUCUCCGGAAUAUUUGUCGCUAUUCAUCGAUGAUAAAUUGAAAAAGGGUGGCAAGGGUAUGACUGAACAAGAAAUUGAGGUUAUAUUGGAUAAGACUAUGGUGUUGUUUAGAUUCUUAUUGGAAAAAGAUGUCUUUGAACGUUAUUAUAAAACUCAUUUAGCCAAGCGUUUACUGCUCAACAAAUCGGUCUCGGAUGAUUUUGAAAAGAAUAUGAUUUCGAAAUUAAAGACUGAAUGUGGCUGUCAAUUUACUUCAAAAUUAGAGGGAAUGUUCAAGGAUAUGUCUAUAUCGAAUACCACCAAUGAGGAGUUCAAAAUCUAUAUAAAUAAUCAUAAUAUUAAUUUAACUGUGGAAUUCACCUGUAGGAUACUUACUACCGGUUUUUGGCCUACACAGACUUCCACACCCAAUUGUAAUAUACCAGCGGCGCCCAGAGAAGCCUAUGAAAUAUUUAAGAAAUUCUAUUUGGAUAAACAUUCUGGACGUCAAUUGACUUUACAGCCACAACUUGGUAAUGCUUGCCUCAAUGCCGUCUUUUAUGGCCGCAAAGUUGUCGACGCUGCGGCGGCUGCUGCCGAAAAGGAUAAAGAUGCGCCCAGUUCUAGUAUGUCUUCGUCCAGCUCCAGUGGUUGUACUAUACCUGCUACAACACGUAAACAUAUUUUAACCGUAUCCACGUAUCAGAUGUGUAUACUGAUGCUUUUCAAUAAUCGUGAGCUUAUGACUUACGAGGAAAUCCAACAGGAAACCGAUAUACCCGAACGUGAACUACAAAGAGCUAUACAAUCGUUGUCGAUGGGUAAACCAUCACAACGUUUACUGGUGCGAAAUUCUAAAACAAAAACUAAGGAUAUUGAUCCAUCGGAUGAGUUCCUGGUGAACGAUGCGUUUGUUUCGAAAUUCCACAGAGUUAAAAUUCAAACUGUGGCUGCUAAAGCAGAUACGGAGCCAGAACGUAAAGAAACCAGAGGAAAAGUUGAUGAGGAUCGUAAACAUGAAAUUGAAGCAGCAAUUGUGCGUAUAAUGAAAGCACGAAAACGUAUGCCGCACAAUUUACUGGUAUCAGAUGUAACAUCUCAAUUGAAAUCCAGAUUCCUACCAUCACCCGUCUUGAUCAAAAAACGAAUAGAGGGUCUAAUCGAAAGAGAGUAUUUGGCUAGAACGCCAGAAGAUCGUAAAGUUUAUGUUUAUUUAGCUUAAAUGUCAAAUGAAAACUAAUCAACCAAUCAACCAACCAACCAAUCGCGCAGAGACAGACAGCAGACAUAUACAAACAAACAAACAAGCAAGCAGAAAAACACAAACACGCUUUGAUAGAUAUUUGUGUUGUUUUUUUUUAAGAAAAAGAAAAAAAAUGCAAAACAGAAAACAAGAACCAAGAACUUUUCCAAUCAUGCAUUAACAUAAAUAACAAAAAGAAUAACACACUUCCUCGAAAACACCUUUAAAAUCCUUUUAACCAACAACACCCCUAACACCUCUCACGUCUACAUACACUCAAUCACACACACACACAUCAACAAAUCCUAUAUUAUACAUACAUAUAAUAAAAUAUAUAUAUUUUCAAAUGUGAACUCUUAAAACGUGGAAUAGAAAGAAAUAACAAACCAAAAUUUAUAUUUUCAAAUUUACAACAAAAAAAAAUCGAAAUGUUUGAAAUAUUUUUUUAAAAGAAAAAUUACAAUUGUUCAUGCUCUCUCUCGCUCUGUGUAUUUUAAAAGUUAUUGAGCAAAGAACAAUAGAGUGUGUUUGUUAUAAAAUAAAAUUGAAAAAACAAGGACAACAUUGUCAAGUUUUAUAUAGUUA